GGUUGCCCAGGUAACAAGGGACGCGGGGAGAGCUGGCGUCUCAAGUGGGUUUGGCGGGUCUGCUGUAGCUCCUCCUCCCCCUUGCAUACCGGGGAGGCUGUGGGAGCCAGCCGUGCGCUCGGGAGCGGGUCUUUAGCCGGGAAAGCAGGGCUCUCAAGCCGCUCUGGGCUCAGCCAAUGAGAAGCUGGGGGUGUGGCUGAGGGAACGCGUAGGUCUGGUACUUAGGGCCUGGUGGCGUGUGGGGUCUGGCCUCGUCAGCACUCCCUUGCGCUUUGGUCCACCCUGCAGCACCCGGGAGUCGUAGAGCAGCCAACUGGCUGCAUCAUGGUGACCCCCUGCCCCACCAGCCCCGCGAGCCCCGCCACCCGGGCUGGGAGGCGUGACGACCAGAACCUCCGUGCCCCGGUGAAGAAGAGUAGGCGACCACGCCUCCGGAGGAAGCAGCCUCUACAGGCGCUGAACCCGUGCCUGCUCCCGGGAGACUCCGGUGUUUGCGAUCUGUUCGAGUCCCCGAGCUCCGGCUCGGAUGCCGCAGACAGCCCCGCGCCGUCCACGGCGCCACGCUGCAACUCCUUACCUGGUCCUGCCCAGCAGCUGGUGCAGCUAGAUCUACAGACCUUCCGCGACUACGGUCAGACCUGCUACACUUUCCUCAAGGCACGGGAGAACCACUUCCACCCGCGGGAGUCGCUGGCGCGCAGCCAGCAGGUGACGGCGGAAUCCCGCUGUAAGCUGCUCAGCUGGCUGAUUCCCGUACACCGCCAGUUCGGCCUCUCCUUCGAGUCUCUGUGUCUGACGGUGAACACUCUGGACCGCUUCCUUAUUACCACGCCUGUGGCUGCAGACUGCUUCCAGCUGCUCGGCGUCACGUCCCUCCUCAUUGCUUGCAAACAGGUGGAGGUGCACCCGCCGCGCGUGAAGCAGCUCCUGGCCCUGUGCUGUGGUGCCUUCUCCCGGCAGCAGCUCUGCAACCUUGAGUGCAUCGUGCUGCACAAACUGCACUUCAGCCUGGGCGCACCGACCAUCAGCUUCUUCCUGGAGCAUUUCACGCACGCACGCGUGGAGGCCGGGCAGGCUGAGGCCUCCGAAGCCCUGGAGGCGCAAGCCCUGGCACGCGGGGUGGCGGAGCUGAGCCUGGCUGACUACUCUUUCACCAGCUACACUCCCUCACUGCUGGCCAUCUGUUGCCUGGCGCUGGCCGACCGUAUGCUGCAGCUUCCGCACCCGCUGGACUUGGGCCUGGGUGGGCACCCUGAGGAGGCAUUGCAGGACUGCCUGGGCAAGCUGCAGCUACUGGUGGCCAUAAACGGAACCUCCCUGACUCACAUGCUGCCCCGCCAGAUCUGUGAGAAGUGCAGCCUGGCCCUGAGUUUGAAAUAAAGUAGAUCCUUGGUCUCCUUUAUAUCCCCUGGCCUGGCAGCUAGACCUCUCCAUUGCUUUGUAAGAGUGCAGUACUGGCCCACAGAGAAGGGGCCAGGGCUCCCACCCUGUCAUCAAGUCAUCCUGGAGGUUGUAAAUAGUGUCUCUAUUUAUUUUGCUGAAAGCACGCAAGAAAAGAACUAUCUUUCCCCCUCAAAACAGGCUGACUGUCAUGGUUCAUGUGAAUGCUGCUAUUGUGAGCAUUUGUCCGAGGAGAGGGAAGGUGAAGCCAAGACAGUCCAGAAAUAGAGGCGGUCACUUGCUAUCUAGGGGUCCUUCCUCCCUCAGGGCAUCUCUCUUUGAAAACACCAGGUCCAGAGAGGUUCCUGUAGCCCAAGGUUCCGGUUAUGAGCCAAGUCAGGAUCACUUGUUGGCCUGUAACCCAUUAACCUCUUGUUAGGAGGCUGAGGACUGCUCAUCCUAGAAUUUUAAAGGGCACAGUGGGGUUGUGAGGCCCUUGCUGUCUAGAGGGGACUGGGGGCACAUGCAGAUGAUGCCAGGCUAGGAAGCUGUGGCCCUCUAGCUAUGGCAAGCAAGAGCUAUGCCCACAACUGCCAGAUGCAGAAAAUUCGGAAGGUUUUGCAGGCAGUUAUGGCCAUUGCAAAUUGACUCCAUUUAUCCUACAAUCACAUGGUUUGAACAGUUCUCACUUGUCUUAACGCCACCUAUGUGUGAGCCCACAGUACCAGUAGUAAACGUGGCUGUCGUUGAGUGGUUAUCUGCACCAGGCACUGUGUCCAGCACUCCUUAUUUCAAUCCUUCAACAAUUUUAUGAGGCAGAGUCUACUAGCCCAUUUUUAAGAGAAGGGCACUGAGUCACAGAGAAGUUAAACAGUGGAGCAGCCAGGAUUUGAAGGCAGGUGAUCUGAAUCCAGAGUCCCACCCUUUGCCACAAUGCUUAAUUUCCCCCUCUUACAGAUUUCUGGAAGUGCUCAAAAACCUACCCGAGGUAGGUGUGGUGAUCUACAAAGUGCCAUCCAUUCAACAGGGACAAUAGAGAACAUAUUUGGAGAGCCAGUAAAGUCCCCACCUCCAGUCAUGUUACAGGAGUCAUUUUACAGAUGGGGGAAAAAAAAAGACAUGGGACAGAGGCAUGCUGGAGUUCUGUGACUCCACAGCUGUCCCAUCUUUAUUCUCAUUGUUGUGGAUCUGCUGUAGGCCCUGAAUCUUUCACUUCCAGCAUUUUUUUUUUAAACUCUCUGAGUCCAACAGCCAAGUAAUACCAGUGCUGUUACGAAGCUUAAAAGAGAUUGUGAGGUGGUAUCAAGUAGUGAUUAAACACAUGGGCUCUGGAAUCAAUUUCCUGGGAGACCUUAACAAGUCAUAUAUCUAUGCCUAAGUCCUUCCUGUAAAAAUGGGAAUAACAUUAGCACUUACCUUCUAGUGUUGAGGUAUGGAUUUAAUGAGAUGGUCUCUACAAAAUCCUUAAUACAUAUUCUAUCCAGCACAUAGCAAGUCUUCAAGAAGGCUGGUGGCAGCCUGCACAAUGAUGGGGAGGGGUUACACAGGAAAAAACUUGGUGAAAAAAGAGAUAAAUACAGGAAAAUGUUAACAAUGUUAUGGUUGUUCACUGUACUUUUUCAAAUUUUCUGUAUUGUUGAAAAAUAAUAAAGUAGUCAAACUCA